CAAGGAUAGAUAAAAAUUGUGGUUUCUUAUAGUGUUUUAAAAGGUGACAAUGGAGUACCAUUGGAACUUUUUUUGGGUGUUUCUGGUGUUGAUCCAGUUUUGCCAUGGGACAAACAAGAAACCAAAUAUUAUUGUGAUUAUAGCAGAUGAUAUGGGUUUUAAUGAUGUUGGAUUUCAUGGCAGUGAUGAAAUACCAACCCCAAAUAUAGAUGCACUUGCCUAUAAUGGAGUUAUUUUAAAUAGUCACUAUACUCAAUCAUUAUGCACACCUUCAAGAUCAGCUUUUCUUACUGGAAAAUAUCCUAUACACACAGGAAUGCAACAUUUAGUAAUACUAGAACCAGAACCUUGGGGUCUCCCACUUAACGAAACCCUUAUUCCUCAAAUACUGAAGCAAAACGGCUAUUCAACUCAUGCAGUGGGAAAGUGGCAUUUAGGAUUUUUUGAAAAAGAAUACACCCCAACUUACAGAGGUUUUGACACACACUAUGGUUACUUUCAAGGUCUUCAAGAUUAUUACACCCAUAUGACUCAUUCAUCAUUUACUAAUGAAAAGGGAUACGAUAUGAGACGAAACUUAGAGAUUGAUUACGACGCUAAAGGAAAAUACUCCACAACGUUGUUCACUAACGAAGCUGUAAAUUUAAUUAAGAAUCACGAUACGAACAAUCCAAUGUUUUUAUAUAUGACACAUCUUGCACCUCACACUGGAAAUGCAGAUGACCCACUUCAAGCUCCAGAUGAAGAAAUUGCUAAAUUUGCCCAUAUUCAAGAUCCAGAGAGACGAAUCUAUGCAGCGAUGGUAUCCAUGCUAGACCAAAGUGUCGGAACAGUAAUCAGUGCCCUUAGGGAUAAAAAGAUGUUAGAUAAUUCCGUAAUUCUAUUUAUUUCCGAUAAUGGGGCUCAACCUAAUGGACUUCAUGCUAAUCAUGGUUCAAAUUAUCCAUUUAGAGGAACGAAAGAAACAGCUUUCGAAGGAGGCCAUCGAAAUAUAGCGGCUAUAUGGAGUCCCCUGAUUAAAAAACCACAACGCGUUUCCAACCGUUUAAUGCAUAUUUCUGACUGGCUGCCAACAUUUUACUCCAUAGCAGGGCUAAAUAAGACCAAUAUACCCAAACAUUUAGAUGGAAUGGAUAUGUGGGAAUCAAUAUCUGAAGACAAAGAAAAUCCUAGAACAGAGUUUGUCUAUAACAUCGAUGACAUAGACAGAUAUGGAGCCAUUAGACAAGGUGACUGGAAAUACAUGUAUGGUACUGUAGUUAAAGGAAAACGUGAUAAAUGGUUUGGAGAUAAUGGUAAAAGAGACGAGUAUUUUUACGACAUUACUCAAGUUUUGUCGUCAAAAGCCGCUACUUCAUUUACAGGUUUCAUAACUUAUCAACAAAUUGAAGACAAACAUUCAAAUAGCUCCCCUAGAGGAUUAAAACCUAUAGAUAAAACUGUCGUGGAACAGCUAAGACGGGAAGCAACUGUUAUCUGUGCACCUUCCGAUCCAGAUCAGUUGGAAGAAACCAAAUGCAACUUAUUGCAGUCCCCAUGUCUAUUCAACAUUAAAGAUGAUCCAUGUGAAAGGAUCAAUUUGGCUUCCUCUAGACCAAAUAUUGUAAAGAAUCUAGAACAUCUUCUUCUGGACUAUAGAAAAACAGUUGUGCCUCCAAGAAAUAAACCACGUGAUCCGAAAGCAAAUCCAGCAUACUGGAAUAAUACCUGGGUUAGUUGGGCAGAUUGCGAUAAUGUAUUUAAAGCCAAAGUAGCUCAUAACCCCAUUUCUGUGAUGGGAAUCGUAUUAAUUAUAGGAGCGAUAUUAGUGCUAGCAAUUAUGAUUUUAAUUUUAUCAAAAGUAAAUUACGAUAAGAAACAAAAACGUAAAAAUCAACAUGUAAGUCAAAUUUUAGUUCAAGAAAAUAAUGUGUAGAUUUUGUUAUGAGAUAAUGAUUAACAUCUUCUUUAAACAAUUCCUAGCACAAUUUUUAAUUCCAAACUAAAUUUACAGCUCAAAGAGAGUUUACGAAGAUAGUGGUAAAUGUUUUUUAAUAUACUUGGAAACAGUGAGUGACUCUUAUCAUAGUUGUCUGACUAAGUUUGCCAAUGCAACAUUAUUACCUUCCUUAAGAUAAAAGACAUAAUUUUGAUGAAGCAUCUUGUUCUUUUUCGUCUAAAGUCAGAUCUUUUACAGGUUUAAAAUAAUAGUACUUAUGUAUUUUAUCUUCAUUAGGAUUACAGGCAUGGCCUUUACUAGAGGUUUUACAUAUUUAGAAUGCUCUAACCAAUCACUUAUCGGUACACUUAGGCGCUCUCAACUAUGCCAAGACUAACAGUUAAGAUCAUGUUAAUGUCUAAAAAUGUAUGGUAGUUAAGGAUUAUAGUAUUUUUAUUUGUGUAAAAACACUAUUUAGUCCAUAUUCUUCACUUUUAUUUGAGGACUUUUAUUUUUAUAUAAAAGAGAUCUCAAAACAGUAAUUAGAUAUUAGAUUUUAAAUAAAAUUGUAAUAUAAUUUUAACUUAUGUACAUAGGAAC